AUGAGCUCCUACCAGCAGAAGCAGCCCUUUGUGGCACCUCCUCAGCCUCAGCAGCAUCAAAUGAAGCAACCUUGUCAGCCGCCACCACAAGGAAAAUUUGUUCCCAUAACCACCACGGAGCCAUGCUACGCAGAUGUUCCACAACCAGGAAACACUAAGAUUCCAGAGCCCUUCAACACCAAAGUGCCUGAGCCAGGCUACACUGUCGUCCUUGAGCCAGAUUAUACCACAAUGCCCGGGCCAUGCACUACCAAUGCGACUAAGCAAGAUUAUACCACAAUCCCUGGGCCAUGCACUACCAACACCGCUGAGCAAGACUAUACCACAAUGCCUGGGCCAUGCUCAACCAACACCGCUGAGCAAGAUUAUACCACAAUCCCUGGGCCAGGCACUACCGAUGUCACUAAUCAAGACUAUACCACAAUUCCUGGGCCAGGCACUACCAAUGUCACUAAGCAAGAUUAUACCACAAUUCCUGGGCCAGGCACUACCAAUGUCACUAAUCAAGACUAUACCACAAUGCCUGGAUCAUGGUCUACCAACACGGCUGAGCAAGAUUAUACCACAAUUCCUGGGCCAGGCACUAUCAAUGUCACUAAUCAAGACUAUACCACAAUUCCUGGGCCAGGCACUACCAAUGUCACUAAGCAAGAUUAUACCACAAUUCCUGGGCCAGGCACUACCAAUGUCACUAAGCAAGAUUAUACCACAAUUCCUGGGCCAGGCACUACCAAUGUCACUAAUCAAGACUAUACCACAAUGCCUGGAUCAUGGUCUACCAACACGGCUGAGCAAGAUUAUACCACAAUUCCUGGGCCAGGCACUACCAAUGUCACUAAUCAAGACUAUACCACAAUGCCUGGAUCAUGGUCUACCAACACGACUGAGCAAGAUUAUACCACAAUUCCUGGGCCAGGCACUACCAAUGUCACUAAGCAAGAUUAUACCACAAUGCCUGGGCCAUGGUCUACCAACACGGCUGAGCAAGAUUAUACCACAAUCCCUGGGCCAUGCACUACCAACGCCACUAAGCAAGAUUAUACCACAAUGCCUGGGCCAUGGUCUACCAACACGGCUGAGCAAGAUUAUACCACAAUCCCUGGGCCAUGCACUACCAACGCCACUAAGCAAGAUUAUACCACAAUCCCUGGGUCACAUUCUACCAACUUCACUGAGCCAGAUUAUACCACAAUUCCAGGGCCAGGCACUACCAACGCCGCUAAGCAAGAUUAUACCACAAUGCCUGGGCCAUGCUCAACCAACUCCGCUGAACAAGAUUAUACCACAAUUCCCGGGCCAGGCACUACCGAUGUCACUAAGCAAGAUUAUACCACAAUUCCAGGGCCAUGCACUACCAAUGCCGCUAAGCAAGAUUAUACCACAAUGCCUGGGCCAUGCUCAACCAACACCGCUGAGCAAGAUUAUACCACAGUCCCCGGACCAUGUUCUACCAACAUCCCUGGGCCAGAUUGUACCAUGGUUCCUGGGCCAUGCACUACCAAUUUCUCUGAAGCUGGCUAUGUGAACGUCUCUGAACCCAACUAUACCAAGGUCCCUGAUCAGGGCUACACCAAUGUACCUGGCCAGGGAUAUUCUAAGGUACCAGAGUCACGUCAGGCUAAGGUUACUGAGGUAUACCCCACAAAUGUCAUUCCACAAUCAACUCAGCAGAAGACCAAGCAGAAGUAA